AUGAGUUUUUCAUUGAGCUCUCCUCUUCUUCUUCUUCUUCUCUCCCUUCUUGUUUUCUCUUAUCCUUUGUGCUUUGGACAGGUUGGUAAUGGUGGAGCUAAGCUCCAUCCCAAGUUCUAUGAGCAUUCAUGUCCUAGGGUUGAGGACAUAGUUAAGAAAGGCAUGGCUGAAGCUGUUUCAGAGAACCCAAGAUGGGCUGCUUCAAUCCUCAGGCUUCAUUUUCAUGAUUGUUUUGUUAAGGGCUGUGAUGGAUCCAUAUUACUCGAUAGCAGUGGUGCCUUUUUGAGCGAGAAACGAUCCGUACCGAAUCGUGACUCGGCCAGAGGCUUUGAGAUAAUUGACAAGAUCAAAGCCACAGUAGAAAAGACAUGUCCGGAGACUGUAUCAUGUGCCGACAUCUUGACUCUGGCCGCUAGGGAUGGAACAGUCUUGACUGGCGGACCAAAUUGGGUGGUUCCUUUAGGGAGAAGAGACUCCAGAAGUGCCAGUUUGAGUGGCUCCAAUAAUGACAUUCCAGCACCAAAUAAUACUCUCAACACAAUUAUUACCAAGUUCAAGAGGCAAGGACUCAAUGUGGUGGAUGUUGUUGCCCUCUCUGGAAGCCACACGAUCGGAAAAUCACGGUGCACCAGCUUCCGCCAGCGACUCUACAACCAAACCGGAAACGGGCUACCCGAUAAUACGUUGGAUCAGACUUACGCAGCUAAACUACGAACCCGAUGCCCGAUAUCCGGCGGCGACCAAACCAUCUUCUCCCUCGACUUCAUCAGCCCGACUAAGUUUGACAAUCAAUACUACAAGAACAUUAUAGCGAAGAAAGGUCUUCUGAGCUCUGAUGAGGUUCUCUUCACAAAAAGUGAGGAGACAAAGAAACUGGUGACCAAAUUUGCUGAGAGUAAUGAGCACUUCUUUAAGCAGUUUGCCAAGUCCAUAGUUAAGAUGGGCAAUAUUUCCCCACUUACCGGGUCUCAUGGUGAAAUUAGGAAAAUUUGCAGGAGGGUUAAUCAUUAA